AUGAAGACUGAUAAAUUGGCAGCUAUCAGGGAAAUUUAUGAAUCAUUGAACAAUAACUAUCAAAAAAGUUACUGCCUAUCAGAGUUUGUCACAAUUGACGAAAUGUUGCAUCCAUUUCGAGGUCAUUGUGGCUUUGUCAUGUAUAUGCCGAACAAGCCGGCCAAGUAUGGCAUCAAAAUGUAUGCUAUAUGUGAUGCUAAGACCUACUAUGUUUCGAGUUUUGAGAUUUACUGUGGUACUCAACCCAAAGGUCCUUUUUGCAUCUCAAACAAGGCAACAGAUGUGGUUAAACGGUUAGUUGCACCCAUUGAAAAAACCCACCGAAAUUUGACAACAGAUAAUUACUAUACUACCUAUGAUUUAGCACAAUAUCUAUUAGAAGGUGGCAUAACGUUCAUAGGAACAGUGAAGAAAAACAUACCAGACAUUCCACUUGAGUUUCUGCCAAACAAGACACAAGAAGUUGGAUCAUCUCUUUUUGGCUUCCAAGAUAAUUGCACACUUGUUUCCCAUGUGCCCAAGAAAAACAAAAGUGUGAUACUGCUGUCCACAAUGCAUGAUGAGAAAGAAAUAGAUGAUGUCACCGGAAAACCAUCCAUUAUCAUCGACUACAACUCAACAAAAGGUGGAGUGGAUACCGUCGAUCAGAAGUGUGCAAACUAUUCCACAAAAAAGAAAACGCGCAGAUGGCCAAUGGCAAUCUUUUAUAGAUUUUUAGACAUGACUGGAGUGAAUGCUCAUGUAAUUUAUAUUGCAAACAACCUCAACAAUCCAGCUGGGAAAAAAUACAGAAUGGAUUUCUUGGAGGAAUUAGCUUUCAACCUUCUUGAAAGUCAUUUCAAGGAGAGAGCAAUGAUAAAAAAUCUGCCUCUUGACAUCAAAUGCUAUCUUGAGAGAUAUAAAGAAGUUCCACCAAACCAGGUAAGAGCUAAUCCAGAUCAGCGCAGAUGUGGGCCAUGCCAUGAAUGUAAGAAACAUCACAACAACAAGACAACUGUUCGUUGCUCACAGUGUCAAAACUUUGUUUGUAAGACACAUUCACAAGCAGUGGUAAGCUGUGACUGCUGCAGAGUCAAUAAUUCAGAUGAUGAGUGA